AUCCCUUCAGCUUCCCCGCAUUCUCUGCUGUCUCGAGCUUCCCUUUCGCUUCCUCUUCUCACUCACCCUCUUCCGUCUUCUUCAUCACACAUAUCUCACAUCAUGGUCUUUACUCCCCAUCCUUUAGCCAUCCUCUCCGAGGAGGAGACCAACAUCGCCCGCGAUGUCAUUCUUGCCCAACACCCCAACACAGUCAUUGAUUUCCGGGAGAUCUACUUAUCGGAACCCCCCAAGGCUGAGCUGCUGGAAUUCCUCGCCCUCGAACACUCCGGUCGCUUGAGCCCGACCUCUCCUCGUCCGGCUCGUCUGGCCUUGUGCCAGUACGAUGUCAUCGGUUCCGAUCACAUUCCUUCCUUCAACGAGUCUGUCGUGGACGUUGGUGCGCGUCAGCGGAUCAAGCACAAGAUUGUGGGCAAGAAGCACCAUGCCUCGUUGACUUUGAGCGAAUUCGAUACCCUUGUCGAGCGUUGUUUUGCUUCCCCUCUCUUCCAGAAAGCCCUCGAGGACUUCGAUCUGCCUGCUGGCUUCGAGGUGACAAUCGAGCCCUGGCCCUAUGGUGGAUUGGACUACACCGAUGAGCCGCGCCGCUACUUCCAGGGAUUGUGCUUUGCGACCAACAAGAGCACGAACAACCCCGAUGCCAAUUUCUACUCCUACCCGCUGCCUUUGAUUCCGGUGAUGGAUGCACUGACCCAGGAGAUCAUCCGGGUCGAUCGUCCGGCCACUGGUGGCAAGGGCGACGGCCUCACCCAACAGACUUUCAAGCGUGACAUCAUCGGCCACUGCAAGGAUUCCGACUACGUGCCAGAGCUGGUCCCUGGCGGCAUGCGCAAGGACCUCAAGCCGUUGAAUGUGGUGCAGCCGGAGGGCCCUUCUUUCAAGAUCACCAACGAGUCAUUGGUCGAGUGGCAGAAGUGGCGGUUCCGCGUCGCCUUUAAUCCUCGCGAGGGUGCCACCAUUCACGAUGUCUGGUACGAUGGUCGCAGCGUUAUGCACCGUCUGAGUAUCAGUGAGAUGACUGUACCGUAUGCCGAUCCCAGACCUCCCUUCCACCGCAAACAGGCCUUCGACUUUGGCGACGGUGGUGGUGGCAACAUGGCCAACAACCUUUCCAUUGGCUGCGACUGUCUGGGUGUGAUCAAGUACUUCGAUGCGGUCAUGACUGGUGCGGAUGGUAAGGCGCAGAAGCUGCCCAAUGCCAUUUGCUUGCACGAGCAGGACAAUGGCAUCGGCUGGAAGCACUCCAACUGGCGCACGGGCCGCGCUGUGGUCACCCGUCACCGCGAGCUGGUGGUGCAGUUCAUCAUCACGCUGGCCAACUACGAGUAUAUCUUCGCCUACAAGUUCGACCAGUCCGGCGGCAUCACCGUCGAAUCACGCGCGACGGGUAUCCUGAAUGUGGUGAACAUCGAUGCUGGCAAGACGAGCGACUACGGUAACGUGGUCAGCGGCGGUGUGUUGGCGCAGAAUCACCAGCACAUUUUCUGUGUCCGCAUCGACCCGGCCAUUGACGGAAACAACAACUCGGUGCAGGUCGAGGAGUCGCACCCGGUGCCCAUGAACGAGGCCACCAACCCCAUGGGUAACUACUACAAAGUCACCAACGAGACGGUGGAGCGGGCGGGCUGGCUGGACGCAGCUCCAGACCUGAACCGCACGAUCAAGAUGGUCAACCCUCACAAGAUCAACCCCAUCAGCCAGAAGCCGGUGGGCUACAAGUUCAUCCCUCUGGCGACGCAGCGGCUGUUGGCGGACCCGAACUCGAUCCAGGCUCGGCGGGCGCAAUUCGCUCAGCACCACGUCUGGAUCACCAAGUACCGAGAUGGAGAGCUGUACGCUGGAGGCCGGUACACUCUGCAGAGUCAGGAGGAGAUCGAGGGUGUUUCCGACGCGGUCAAGCGGGGCGACUCGGUCAAGGACACCGAUGUGGUGGUCUGGAGCACGUUUGGCAUCACCCACAACCCACGCGUUGAGGACUGGCCCGUGAUGCCGGUCGAGAUUUUCCAGCUGAUGAUCCGCCCUGCGGACUUUUUCACAGCCAACCCCUCGCUGGACGUGCCCUCGGACCGCAAUGUCUCGUCGCGCAUUGUGGAUAAGGAAUGUUGCCGCAAGGCUCACAUUUAGGGCGGGGUGUGCAUGAUUUAUGAUACGUACUGUAUAUAUAUUGCAUUUGUGUAUUUAAUUAAAUGGGUUUACUGGCACG